CUGAGCAGCGCUGUGGUCAAGUUGCAGAGCUGCUGCUGCUGCGGCUGAAGGCUGCAGGACGAGUCAGCCGCAACAGGACGAUACAAGAUCUGCACUCAGGACGGAGCUCAACGCUACUGGAGCCAAAGGAAACCAAGAUGAAACGGCGCCACUGACCACAGAAAGGAUUUACAUUCCCGUUAAAACGUUAGAUUUUUGUCUCCAUGCAUCAGCCAGCUUUACCCAGGCUCGUGCAGCUGACCGUUGUGUCAUUCCCAGAUACAGCCAGACAGAAAGACGACCAUGUGGAAAGAGUGUGAGAGUCGGAGUAAAUGCAAACAGAUGAGUCACAUAUGACUGACGGACGACUAACGAUGUCUGGAAUGGAGUCUUCCAGCAGCCAAUGAAGCAAAGUGGACCAGCAAGAAGGAAAAGUUUUUUUUUUCUGUACAAGUAUUGACUCAUUCAUUUGUGCUGAAAUAAUUUACAGAAACAGGGAGCUGAGAGGCAGUGACCUAAUUCAGAAUAAAUGACGUCAGGCUGCUCAGUCGCCCGUCUCCUUACUAAGUCAUGGAACAUCAUCGGAAUUGGAUUGUUUUGAUUGAGGCUAGAGUGUGUGAGGUUACAUGAUAUUUCUGAGAGUGUGAGUUUUGAUGCUACAUACCAGUAAUGUUGAGGCGCGGACUGCUAACUUGGGUGUCUCGCGUUGGGGGUCUGCUGGUGCUCCUCUGCUGCUCCCUCUCACUCCUCUAUCUGAUGACAUGUAGCCCUCCACAUUCAGAUAGCGCUCCGCUAAGUCACGUGUUACCCCAUGGAGGCUCCAAUCACCCAAGCCUUGGAGGUACAGGGCCCAUGAUCGGAGCAGGGCCCAGCGGGACAAGAGGAGCUGGAGAUAUUGCCCAAAGUGGGGGUCCUCCAGCAGGGCACUCCUACCAGAAGCUCUUAAAAGAGCGUGAGGAGCAGCAUCGCCUCUACAUCUCCUCCUUAAAGAAACAGAUUGCUCAACUGAAGGAGGACUUGCAGGAACGCAGUCUGCAGCUAAAAAGAGUGCAGGAGAGCCUGAAAACAGCUGCAAACGGAGUAGCAGAGGGGCAGAAUGAGGGCACUGAAUCACAAGGGGGUGGCUUUGGAGAGGUUCAGGGAGCCAAGAGCCAGCAGUCCGACUUGCAGGAGUUCCUUAGAGCUCAGUUGUUGAAGGCUGAGGUGACCUCUGGCACUAGGUUGCCCAAUGAGUACACUGUGGUUCCUUUUGAAAGCUUCACCCUGCAAAGGGUGUACCAACUGGAAAUGGGGCUCACGCGCCAUCCUGAGGAGAAACCUGUGAGGAAAGACAAGCGAGAUGAGCUGGGAGAGGUACUGGAGAUGGCUCUGUACAGUCUCAACACACCCUCAUCACAGCAGGACAACAGAGUCCCAGCAGAAAAGACUCAAACAAGCAAAGUCUACACACCGUCUGACUUUAUAGAAGGUAUCACUCGUACAGAGAGGGACAAAGGGACACUGUAUGAGCUGUCCUUCAGAGGGGAGGCGAGUCAUGAAUUCAGACGUCUAGUCCUUUUCCGACCCUACGGACCCCUGAUGAAGGUCAAAAAUGAAAGGAUGGACACAUCCAAUAUUCUGAUUAAUAUUAUUGUACCGCUGUCGAGACGAGCGGAUAAGUUCAAACAGUUCAUGCACAACUUCAGGGAAGUCUGUGUGCGUCAGGACGGCCGGGUACAUCUGACUGUGGUGUAUUUUGGGAAAGAGCAGAUGAAUGAAGUUAGAAGGACUCUGGAGAACACAUCUAGGGAAGCCAGUUUCAAGAACUAUACACUGCUGCAGCUGGAUGAAGAGUUUUCUCGGGGACGAGGUUUGGACAUUGGGGCCCGGGCGUGGAAGGGAGGCAACGUCCUGCUUUUCUUCUGUGAUGUGGACAUUUAUUUCACCGCUGAUUUCCUCAACACCUGCCGACUCAAUACGCAGCCAGGUAAAAAGGUGUUCUACCCUGUAUUAUUCAGCCAGUACAACCCUGCCCUGAUAUAUGGAAAUCCUGAGCACAUCCCUCCUGUGGAACAACAACUGGUGAUCAAGAAAGACACGGGCUUCUGGAGGGAUUUUGGUUUCGGUAUGACAUGUCAGUACAGGUCUGACUUCAUCAACAUAGGGGGUUUUGACAUCGACAUCAAAGGCUGGGGCGGUGAAGAUGUCCACCUCUACAGAAAGUACCUCCACAGCAACCUCCUGGUCAUCCGAGCGCCGUCACGCAGCCUGUUCCACCUGUGGCAUGAGAAGCACUGUGCCGACGAGCUGCCUCCAGACCAGUACCGAAUGUGCAUGCAGUCCAAGGCCAUGAAUGAGGCCUCGCACGGCCAGCUGGGGAUGCUCUUCUUCAGGCAUGAGAUCGAAGCUCAUCUCCGCAAGCAAAAACAGCAAAACGCCAAGAAGAUUUGAUUCUGGACUGCUGACAGCAAGGGGCUGUAUCCAGCAGGCAAAUUCAGCUCAUCUUAGCUUUGGUAAAGAUGCAUAAUUUGCCAUCCUUCUCUGAACCAAAGUCAAGGCUCACUUUUAUAUAUCUGUACAGAAAAAUUAAGGCUACAAGAAAGAGAUAUUGUAGACGGAAACUGAGAGAAAGAGCUUGGCUGAAAAAUGUGUAUUUUCACUUAAUACACAAAACGUGGUUUAGGCAAAUCUUAUUCAAAUGGCCAAGAAAGAGGUAGAUAAACAUUUACAUUUCCCUGAUAUAUUAAGAAGGCCAGCUAUUUCUUUUAUUUUCUGUUCUUAAUGGCUUGUCCUUUGACUUUAUUAUCUAAAUCAAAGCUAGAAAAGGAAUAAAUCUAGUACCUUAAGUGACCAUCUACUUUAAUGCAGAUUCAUUUAAGAUUUGUUUUUAUAAAAGUCUGGAUACAUUUAAUUAAAGUGAAAAACUCUUAUUUUUUUGUUUCAAAAAACACAAAUUUGGUGUAGGUUUGAAUUUAUUUGGCAUUUUCACUGAUCCACAGAAGGUCAGAAUUAGCCUUAUAGGCUCAGAGAUAGACAUUCAUCUUUUAAGAUGUGGCUAAAUGCCUGUUAGCCACACACUUCUUUGCAGCCAUUAACACGCUCCUGGCAUAACUCUGGCUUCUUAACAUAAAUGGCAGAGCUUAUUUAAAUAGUUUGAUUUUCCGGCAUGGAUCCAACUUUUAAUCAUAGUUUAAAAUUUUUCAACAUGGUUGAGACUGAAGAUAGUGAUCAUUCCAGAAACCUAAUGUUAACAUGUUUUAUCCAUUUAAUUUUAUCCGAUAAUAAAGAGGGAGUUAAAGAAUUAGGAGGAAGUUGCCUUUCAAUAUACUACCAUUCCUUUGGCAGAAUACACCCACAGCCUGAUACUACCACCACCAUGCUUGACAUUUUAUGUGUGCUUAUGUUUGAAAGGCCAAACAGCUUCAUCUUUGUCUCUUCUUGCCAUUAAAUGUUUGUCUGAAAGGCAUUUGGUAAUUCCUUUGGGAUGCAUCAAUUUUCUGUCUAACUGUGUCUAUUUUGGAUAUGUUUUUUUUCUUUCUUGGUAGACAGCCUCACUGUGAAUUGCAACAUUAAACUGUUGUCCAGCAUUUUUAAUUUUAAAACACGCUUGAUCACUGGUGGCUCCUUCACAUCCUGAUCAACUUCUUUUCAUCCGAGGUGGACCGUUUUUGUCAUAUGGCUGAAUCUUUAAAAAACAUUGGGUGUCCCAACAGGACCGUGAUCCCAAAAGCAAAUCCAAAACUGGUUUUGGAAUGGAUAAUGUUGGCAAACAAAAGGUCUCUGGAAUGGCGCCAACCCUAUUAAAAAGUGGACCAGAAAGAGUGUUUCAAAUAUUCAGCCAGACUUAUGCCAAUAGCUCUUUGAUGGCUGCAAAAGCAAAUGAUUUCUGUGCAACUUACAAAGGAGCAUUAUCCAAAUUCUAGUGGGAGAGGUAUAUGUAUGUAUUUGAGUCUAUAUGAAAAUGUUUGACCAUGUGUGGAUUAGAAAAAAAUCCACAAUAUAUAUUCAAACUUGUACACCUAGUUCUAGUUUUUAAAAAUCAUUGAAGUUGUAUGUUUUAGAGUCUCUCCAUUCUGGAAAAAGAGCAGUUCAUAUGCAUCAAUGAAAGCCCAAAAUGAUUAAUGCCCUUAAUUAGUCUACGUAAGCCUCUGUACACAACCAUUAAAUAUUUUUGAGAACAUCUGUGUUUAUGAGAGCCAAUUCCAGUUGUUUCAAGGUUUUAAAAAACGUGACUUUGAUCUAACCUAUGUGCCUUAUGUAAAAAAUGUCAGUUUAACGUCUGCUGAAGUUUUAUACGUGUGUAAACAGAGCCAUCUAAUGGUUUGAAAAUGAAUAGCAGUUGAACAAUCAGUGAAGGAUUAUUUCAAAGUCCUCAUAAAAUCUGUAAAAUUAUACAUAAAUUAUUUUCUCAGCUGCCUUUUUUGUUUAGUAAUAAUUAUUAUGUUCUGUAAAAGUCACAUUUGUUGCCUGCCUGGACAGUAUAACGUGCAGGCUGUUAAACUCAGCAUCAUAAGGGGACGAGAGUAGUUUUGAAAGAAAAGCGUGCCCUGAUUUAUAAAUAAGUAUUUUAUAGAGAAACAUGUAACUUAGUAAAGUUUCAUCUUUCAGAUUAUACUAGCUUUAUCUGCAACCCUGUUUUAGGAUGUGUAAAAACAAAAAACUAUGAAUUAUUUUUUGCAGUAAUGUAAUUACAUCUUGAACAUUUGAGAAAAAUCCAAGCUUUCAUUUGAGUACAGUCAUUGAGAGGCGGAAUAUUUUAUAUUAAAACCAACUUGUUUUUAACAAAAUCACCGUUGCCCCCUUAUUGGCACUCCUGCAACCUCUUCUAUGUACAACCCCCUAUUAAAAAUAGAAAAGCACUUCUGGAACAGUUUUAUAAGGUUGGAGCAUAUAGAAAAAAAGGAAUCUUUGAUCAUUCUUUACAUAAUUUUUGUAGGAUUGAUACUCCUGGGUCCUUUCUUGAGGAGAGAUAAGAUUAAGGUCUGUGGACUGAGAUAGCCAUGGAAAAUUGUAUGUCUUGUCUUUCCUAUUUUCACAAGUGGCUAAGAAAAAUGGGACUCAUAUCAUAUAUCCCAGAAAAACAGGAAGUCAAAAUGACUACCUUAAAAAGUAAAGUAUACAUUAAUUACUUUGGUUACAUUUAUUUUAAACUUGGUUAUGGGUGACAAGUAGUAGCUCCAGUGAUGGCGCUGCUAAUGCUAGAAUACAAUGUUUUUUUGGUUAUGUUUUUUAAAUGAGGGGGACCUUUCCUGCAAUAACAGACUCGUUUAGUUUAAGGUUAUUUUUUAUGUUUUAUACCCCUUUACCAGGGGUUUCAAUAAGCAUGGUUGUCAGCAAUAAUGUUUCAUUUAAGAUCAGACAAAGAAACUCAAAUCUGCUGUGUUUUACACAUAAACGUAUUUGUAAAACUUUACAGGAAUGUGUUAACAUUUGUUGGAUUUGUGUUGACAACAAGAAGUCAGAACAAGGUCUUAAUGUCAAGUGUUUUUUGUGCAAUUGUAAAGUAAAUUAUGAUUAAUACGAGUAAGAUGUCAGUUAUUUAUUUUUAAUGUAGUUGCCCUGAAAGAUUUUUUUCAAUCCUCGUGUAGCACUUGCUCAAUAUAAUAAAUCCAGAAUCAAAAUAAUUGGCAUUGAUUUACUUUUUUGCUCUAUUACUUUUAUUUUUCAUUGGAAAUAAGGUUUUUUCAGCUUUUUGUAACUUCAUGUACAUAUUCAUGCAUUAUUUUUCUUAUGUAAUCCAUGGUUCAUCUAUAUUUUUCCAAUGACUUUUUUUACUGUUGUUUCUCAGCUCAAACAUGAAAUAAAACCCAACUUUGAAUUGGA